AUGGCAACUGCCGCUACCACAAACUACUUCCUGAUGCGGUUCGCCGAGUUCUCCAUGGCUCAGCAUUGGAAUACCACUGCUAUUCUAAGCAAUCCAGACUUCCACGAUACCAUAUCAUGCAUACGCCCUGGUGUCGGAAGACCUUGUACCUCUAAGUCAAAGGCCAUUGUAUCCCAGCAAGAAGAGAAGAUAGAGUCUCAGGUCCAAGCUCGGCUCGAAUCUUGUGAGAAG